CUUUCCCAGCUACGGCCGAGAUCCAAACUCCGACCGUUCAACCAGCUGCAGCAAGCAACGAGGCUAAGUCUAUAUGAUCUAGUAAGCGGCAGCAGCGGCGGAAAAGCAGGCACGCUGCCCAGAGCAUCGAUUAUCAGCACGGUACGCACCUGACACGAUAGCACAUCGUUGGCGCUCGCAAACUUCAUCAGAGCGGAUGACAUAACGCGUGCAACGUGAAAUGCACCCGUAGGUUGUCUGUACAUAGUUGUGCGUAACCCUUUCGGUACGCUAAUUGCACCAAACACGAACUCCCGAUUUAACGGAUCCUAGCACCACCGAACUAGCAAGCAAUAACCAUUAAAGUGCGACCGCGCAACCGCCUGCUCAGCCGCUCCAUUAACCAGCUGGCUGGAGCUGGCCUGACCGGGCCUGGCUCGCUGGCUAACUAAUCCCGUGCGUUGUGUAUACGUGUAUGUUGCGUGUAUCACCUGUUUCCUCGUUCCAUCGCCUGCGUAGCUUUGCACCGAGUUUCACCGAAACCAGACGGUAAGUGUAGAUCUCCUAGUUCGCGAUGCGUGCAGAACGGUCGUGUUCCGUGCAGUCACCAAUUGAUGGCACGUCAACGAACGAUGAGUCUUCGCCAUCCUGGGCGUCGUGCUCAUCGACACCGUCCUACAUGACCAGUGGACUAGCGUUCGAGUUUAAUCAUAAGUGCACGAUCAGCGAGGAAUCGUUGCACUUCUUGUCUACGUCAAGCGACCACAUAACCUCAGUGCGCCCGUUGUCACCAUCGGACCACUGUAGUUUUCUGUUCGGCAGCGCUGGUGCAUCCGCCCGGCGACUAAAGCGCGGUUCGCGGGCUUCAUGCGAUGGUCAAUUAGGUGGAGAUCCUGCGUCAUCAGGCGACGGCGGCGUACCCGGCGAGGAUAUUCCGUGCGCAAGUGGAUCCGUCUCACGUCUGUCGCAUUUUCUCAAGCGCACACAGAGCGUCACACCGCCAGCUCAUGCACUCUUUCUACGAAAGCCCGUGUCGAAGACAAAAAGUGCCGAUAUCGCAUGCGAUGAGCCUAGGAAGAAAACGCUGGCUCAAGACGUACGACUGCGUUUGGGAUUUUUGCGGCGUAGGAACACAGACACGUCGAUCCGACCGCCUCCCGAAGAGGCACAGAAAUGGGCACAGUCCUUUGUAGAACUAACUAAUUCCAAAUAUGGACUGGCGCUAUUCCGUGCGUUCUUAUCGCGUGAAUUCAGCGAAGAGAAUAUUGACUUCUGGCUUGCAAUCGAAGAUUUCAAGAAGAUGUCGACCCGACCACACAAGCUCCAGUCGAAGGCGCGCAAGAUAUUCGAGGACUUUGUUGCCGUGCAGUCACCGAAGGAGGUCAACCUCGAGGCUUCCACGCGUAACGCUAUACAGGAAAAUCUCGACAAUGUGGAUAUACAUAUGUUCGACCAGGCGCAGCGGCGGGUCCAAGGUCUGAUGGAGCAGGAUGCCUAUAUACGUUUUUUGCAAUGCGAUCUUUAUCAGGACCUGCUCAAGCAGUAAAAACAAAAAAAGAGGAGAAGAAUGCUGAGCAAUGGGAUGUGGCACAGUCAGAAACACACGGCGUCUAUUUACUAUAACUACUGCAAAAAAAAAAACCGACAUUCAUCGCUGGUAUACGUGUUCUACAACAAUAUGCUACUUGACUGGGUGUUUACUAGAGAAAUAGAAGGAUCCGUCGCGUGUGAGAGUUUACCGCAUUUCCAGUAAUGAUGACGUAGCACAUGUCUCUCCGUAGAGGAAAAGAUAGAAGAAAGGAUGACAAGGAAAAUGAAUCAUCUUCCACUGUUACAACGAUUGUUCGUAUUUUCCUGACCGUAUAUUCGUACCGUAUGAACGGAGAAAUUACGCUGCCGAUCUUUCUUCAAUUCGACGUUGUUUCGUUGCUCCUAUUACGCGAAGAAAGCAAGCAGCGGACAGAUACUGAUAGUCAACAGGAAAAAGAAGUAUGUAUGGUACAGAGAAAGAAAGCAGCUACGGCUCUCACAACUAAUGAAGGAAACGACGUGGUGGCCACGAUAGGCCUGCUUUGCCUCGCUGUCCUCCACUGAGGCCGCCUUCGGACAUUUCCAGGGUUGGUCCCUCCGCAAAGCAAUCUUGCAGGACGGAUACUACUACAAGUUUAUUUUUGAAAGCAUUAUUAUUUUAUGAUUUAUCAUUACUAUAAUGACAACUAUUAUAUAUAACAGCGAAAGGCUGUGUGGCGAUAAUUUAAGAUGAGAGUUGUGUCGAGUAUAAACACCGGAGUAAGCAGAAAAAACUAUGUGUAUAUCAAAAACAAGACUUUAUGACAUGUACCAAUAAUAUAGACAUGCUAAUUUAUGACUAUUAUUGCCAUUCUUAUUACGAAUACUCGAAACGAUGUUUAGCGGCAUUGGACCAGAAGGAGUGUACAAGCAAACAAAGAAGGAAGGAAGGAAAAAAUCGUCAUAAACACGAACUGUAUAAAUAAUCAAUGAUGAUAACUAUGAUGAUAUGACAGUACGACGUUAUUUAGAGCAUUCUGGGAGCAACAAAGAUGUUCGAGUUAACUUCGUUGUUACCCCAUCCGAGAUGACAGAUUUAAAAGAAAAGGAAACGAGAAUAAAGCAGACAUAUGUGGCGAAAAUAGGUGGGUUCUGCCGCUAUAGGCGGCAGUACAAAGCGAAACACAAGGGUAUAUAUAUCUAUAUACAGUAACAUAUGUUUGGGCACCGAAGACGAUUUAUGUUCGGGGGGCAGGGUAACCGGAGGAGCUGUAGAAAUAUAUAAAUGCGAUAAGGUUGUGGCCUACGUACUGGGUCAUCUUGCUUAACUUACAAAAUCAUUCCUCGUCCGAGGACCUUUAAAAAUUGCCAGAACCAAUGUUGGAAAACAAACAGCAUGUUCACAGUAAAUAAAGAGAAUAAGAUUAACAGGAUCACUUUGACAUUGUCUAUUUCCCAUGACAUACAGCUGACGGGCGCAUAUCAUUCAAAUGACGCUAUGAAGAGAAACAAUUGUAGAGGAUACCACGUUUUAGCGAGUGUGCAGUUUUCACGCACGGAGCAUUUCCCGUAACGGCCUGCAUUCCUCUAUGUUUAGUAACGAUUUACCAUGAACAACGUAAUGUAGUCGCUAUAUAUAAGACGUACAUAGGACCUUGCAUUGUGUAAAUCAUCUAACAAACGUCACUCUCGAAACGAUCAACUGACCAGUUGGUAAAAACUGCUCGUUUCCACAUACGUGACAGCUCUGCAUAACAUACCCGUCGCAUACUAUUGAAAAAUCCGAUAAAACCAUCAUCUCCAACGCUAGAUACAUUACAUAUAUGUUAUGUUCGCUGGUGCCAAGGGUUCCCUCAUUUCAAACCGUGAUUCGUUUUCCGCCAUUGCUUCAAUCAAGCAUACAGACAGAGGGAUUGACUCAAGUCUGACAACUACCACUACUACUGGUAGGUUGCAGAAAGACAAGGUCUUCUGGAUCAAUCAAAAACCUAUUUUUGACGCCACUGGCACUCAGUGUCCUCGGACGAGAAUUCUGAAGAAAGUACAAAGAUGAGCCUGGGAGUGUGGGAAGCGGAUGUCCACCCCCCUUAUGAUAACGAUGAUGAUGAUGAUAAUAUAACGAAUAAUAAUGAUAACUAUAUCUAUGAUGGUGAUGAUAGUGAUAAUAAUAGAGUACUUGAAUGUGCUCGUGUGUAAGACAAAAGGGGUCGCCAAAACGUUGUUGUUUUACCUAGAAAACUAAAUAAGAGAGAUAUAGAAGAAUGAAGAGAGAGAGAGGGAGAGAGAGAGAGAGAACGCUACACAAAUGCUUGUAAGAAUGAGAAGAUAAAUCCGAGCAGAUGGUGUUGCUAUACGAUACGUAGGUCGAUCAUUGCGAUUGUGAGAAACAUACAACUCCCGUCAAAUGUCAGUGUGAUGAUCUGGAUUUGUUCGUCGUUCAUUUCCUAUACUGAAUUAAUUAAAUAGUCUGAAAUUACAUUAGGCGGUCUUAAUCAGCCGACUGGAUGACACGUUUGGCGUUAUCUAGUUUAUCAGAGCGCUCUAGUUUAAAGCGGCGUAAGGUUUGAUAACGGAAUGUCCAUAAUGUAAAGCAUGGCGUUUGAUGCGAAUAUGACAGAAGGUAAAAGCGGAAAGCCAACGAGGCCGAAGACCAGAGUUAACGCUAUUGAUGUAACAGUUACGUGAAGAUUUCAUGUGUCGAAUCGGCAACACUGACGUGAUGUCGCGGUAUCUCAGCCGGUAUUUUUUGUUCGGUCUGCUGUUACUCUUUCAGUUUUUCGAGGGUUGAGAGUGGAUAAUGUUAAGGUGUAUCUAUACGCGGCUCCAGAGACGCUGACAUGUCGUUAUCGGCUGUGCGUCUGGGUGCCGAAAGCGCGUGCAAAUGGCGUAUUUGGUUCGGCUGGCCUGAGUCGUCGGUUCAAAUGAAAGCCGCAAGCUUCCUAAGUAUUACCCUCUAUUCAUAGUCAUAGUGAUGACCAGUAUUAAUUGAACUGACUUCCGCCAUAGCGUGACGAAAUAAUAAUGAUGAUGAAAUCGAAGAACAAGCUCAUUUGGAAAUUGAUCGAAGACAAACGAUGAAGAGAAAGACCAAAUACAAUAUUAUGAUCAUUAUUGCCGCUGAAAAAUUAUUGCUUUGCUUGAUUGAUAUUAAUUUAGAAUAUCUAAUUACUAUCUUAUAAUUACCUAAUUAUUCCGACGCUGAUAAUAACGUUAGUGGCGCCUAUUUCUCUUUAGUCGUUUGUUAUGUCUUCACCUUCGAUUUCUUCGUCCAACUUCACCAAAGGAGUUAUGCGAACAGAGAACAAUGCCAAUUCAAAUAUGUACACAUCUAUUUCGUUUACAAUCAUUGUAUCUUUUCUCGAGUAUUUUCAAGCUUUAAAUAAAGACUGAUAAAAACAUCAAUCUGCUGAUUUCUAUAUUGCUCCUGUCCAAUGAAAAGUCCAUAGUAUUUCGCCAUAAAUUAUUUGUUGUAUCAUCCAAAGCGACCAAGUGAAUGGACAUGGAAAUUUCGGACAAAUCUGGUUACCGCUACAAAUACACUACGGGCACCCGUUCUUCAAAAAUGAGAACAGCAAGGAUGAUACGUAGCGAUCAACGACGAAACGAAAGGUCGAAAUUUACACAGAGGGAACGCUACGGGUGGGGCGUACGCUUCAAGCCUCGGUUCUUAACUGAUCUCCGAUUGUUACUUUAUUUACCAGCUAUGCUUGACGCAUAUACGACUCAAUUUAUUGAAUCGGAAAUUUUACGACACACGGUAUAUAGUGUAUACCGAUAGUCAGGCUAAAGUGAUGACCCUGGCUCGUUCGGCCAGGAUCUAGCUGUUCGCUCCGCCGCGUUCGCAAUACAGAUUGUCUUUUAUUUGAUAAGAUUUUAUUACGAUCUUGGGUAGUUUAAGGGGAACUAACAGUAGCAAUGCCGCUCAUUCGCCCCAUUCACCGUACAGAAGGGGGGCUAACGCUUCGCUGACAACGUACCGAACUCGAUUUGGGUUUUAUGGAUUUUAACAAAUCUGGAAAAGUGGCAAUAAAGGAAAAAUUAGUCCAACAUUAGCGUGAUGACUAACGUGCUGGGUCGUGGCGCAAUACGAAGCCAGUGAAAACAACCAGGCAGGGCCAUCGCACGGAUCAACGAUAGCGUAGCAAAACGACAAACAACAAAGCAUUAAACAUUACAAGGAAACAGUACUAUAAGCGUAAAAGAAAAUACAAAUACAUUGGCAAAGCAACAAAAGCCGACUAAAUGUAACAGAAGUGGAAAAUACAUAAAAAUUAUGUCACACACAUAUAUGCUCAUAUCUACAUUCAGCAACAAAUAGGCCGCGUUAAUAUGAUUGAUACAUGACAAGGUCACUAACAAUAUGGCUAUGAAUAUGAAUGGGAGCUGAACGCAACAUUGAAACAACAAUUACUAAUGAUACGAGUGGUUCAUUAUUAACAGCCGAGAGAACAAAUACCUGGCCACGUAGCACGCUUCACGGACAGAGCGUCAGCUAUCAGCGAACGUAAAACGCGCACGUAAGAAGAGGUUCGAUGCACUCAGAGGUAGAGUAUUGGGGUGCACGUUCGAUAGAGAUCGACUACGUUAAUUCAAUAUCACUGAAACGAUAACAGCGGAGUCAACCAGCCGCUUGAUAUCGAUAAUAUGUAACCUAAAUUUUAGAUUCUUCAACGAAAAUAAUAGACGAAAAUGUACGAGUAAAAGCAUUCGGCAAUGCUUUUUCGUUAGCCGGGACCUUCUAGACAGACCUUCUGUUAGACGGGACAGUUAGACAUAACGUAAAUUGUUUAAAAACAAACGUUACCAAAAAGAUAUCCGGCCAGUUGUUUUCGACUGUCCAUAGACCAGCGCAGUGUUAUAGACACAAACGUAAACAUUGCAAUAACAUAAAUAAAUAAUACUUUUUCGUAAUACCGUUCUUCGAUUUAGCAAAGUGCAUGUAAAAAGGCCAGAGCGAAACAACGAACGCAUAUGAUGAACACGGUAGAUCGUUGUCGACUUAGCUUAUUUGUGGUGACACGAGGUACCAAACCGCUAAAAACGCGAAAAAGAUCAUAUAGUGCGCAUAUAUACAUAUAUAUAUUACAUAUAGACACGUAUUCGACAAUUAGACAGGCAUGCAUGCAUACAACUAUCGAGUUGACGAAAUGUAACACAGGUGAAAUCAAUUGUAAGGCUAACAUGGGACUAUGAAUAGGAUCGUGCCAUCCUUCGGGUACAUACGAACGGAGAUUUCAGAAAAUCACGACAGACUGAUACAAAGCUACUGUAUUUACUUCAGACAACAUUGGAGUACUAGAUAUUCUCUGUAGAGGGACAUAUAUAUAUAUAUAUAUAUAUAAAGAAAAAGAACACAAGUUUGAAAAAUGCAAGUCGAGAAGAGGUGGAAGAAACAGAGUAGAGGCAGAAUAUUCAUUAACGUUUGUCGUUGUAUAAGGAAGCUUUCUGUUGCGGGCAAUGAUAAAUAACUAAGGCCGAUAGGUUGGGGAAUAAAGCAGGAAAACUAUGACAACGAUCAUAGAGAUCAUAGUGGUAAUAAUUAUUAGUACUAUAUAUAUAUAUAUAUAUCGGCUAUGAUAUUAGUACUAGUUCUACAAGAAGCCUCAUACGAAUGACGCAAGAGAGAGAGAGAGAGCGAGCGAGAGAGAGAGAGAGAGCAUUAAGCUGUUUGUCCUUUAAAAACGUUAACUGCGUUUUGUUUGCGCGGACCUCUUCCAUAUGUUUUUCUGCCAAAAAAAAACUAAAAAGAGAGAGCAGGUAAGCGAAAAACUAUUAUGAUCGAGAGUGUAAAACAAUGAAAAACAGAUGAAGGUAUUAACAAGUGGUUGGACACACACAAGCACAGAUAUGAUGAAAAGAAGCCACUAGCAGUAAACACAUGAGUAUAUUAUAAUUAUUAGUAUAUAACUGUACUGUUACGCUAGAUAUUAUCAUUGUUGUUAAUGAUUAGAAAUAAUAUACACCGACUCUAGCAUUGUUGACAAGGUCCAAAACGCAUACUUUGGAUAAAUAUCUACAGGAUAUAGAAUGCUGUUUUUGUGGAUGAACGAGUAAACAUUGCUAAAAAAGGGGAUUAAUUAUGUUUACAGUUACCACAAGGCAAUAAAAAUGGAACUAUAAAACAUAGUCUCUGUACAGUUUGUUUGUCACUGUCGCACUUGCAAUCGUAGUCAUUGACAAGCAAUAAGGUGCCGCCAACUCUUGGCACUGAUGGAACUUUUCUCGGGGGUCGGCGAGGGCAAACUACCUGAUGGAAAAUACUGAAAAGGGAUAAAAGGUGUCCUAAACUAUCGGAGCCUUUAAGAAAGAACGCUCCGAACGAUAGUGCGAAAUUUCAAAAAGUUUAUAUAUUUGUUCCCAUCAUAUGAAUGGACUACUGCUAUACGUGGACGAGAAGCAAGGGAUUUUCUAAACGACAAAAAAAUUCAAACAUACGACGAAUGCCUUCAAAUUAGUAUUCACACGAGGUCUCAUCUCACUAAUUCCAAGAUCAAUUGCAACGGACAGCACGGACCCAACCGAAUUAACAUGCCAAUACGUAUAUAGGAGGACUAAGCUUAUUCUAAAAACAUGGUGUGAUCAGAUUGAUGACGACGGUGAUGCUGACCAUCGUCAAUAGGACUGAUCAGGUUUUAUGUGUUCGGUGCUUUUCUCACCAGAAUCAGCAUGGCGGACGGAGAGCUUAAUUGUUAUCCCCGAAACCUUGAAUCUGCCAACGCUCAUCUGUAUGUCAUCUAAAUGAAGACCAUGUUGAGAUAUUACGAUUGAUUACGGAUGGCUAAUUACGCAUUUGAAAUCAGAGACCCUAUUCUUCUAUUGAACUUCAUAUAGUUAAAGUUACUGUGCUUAAGAAAAUUCACAAAAUUUUUAGGGGUGUCACAUUUGGUCAAAUGGGAAGUAAAAACGAAUUUUUUGCGGGAACAGCGGAAGCCAGGACAAACUAAAUAAAAAUCUAGCAGUGGUCUAGUGUUUCGACGUAUUUGACUCCCCUGUAUGUACUAUUUACAACAUGCUAUGGGACAGGACUUUCUUCCGUUUUCAUGAGAUGCCUGUGAUUAAUUUUACAAAAUACUUGUGCCAACCUAAUGAACAAUGACGAAGAUGAAUAGAAGUGGCGGCGUGAUGGAGAUGAGUCCGUCAUUGCUGGUCCGACCAAGAAUUGCGGUUUCAAAAGAACUGUAUUUAGAUUGUUUUAUCGCAAUUUGAAAACAGAAUACAGCCCCUAUCAGGUUGUAGGCAACACUGACAAUGAUAGGGCAACGCGAACACCCCAAUGGCAUUAAUCGGCAAAGUCAAAAACUAGAAUCCAUUUUGUAUAUUGCUAUGCAAAGAUAAUGGUAAUGAUAAUAAACAUUUAUCCUUCAUCGGCAAAUUUUACAUGUGUCAUCUUAUCGAAACCCUCGCCCUAUGCUCCAUACAUCCGUAUAAUCUCGUGAAUAGACGCAGUUACUUAGAUAGAUGCAUAAAUAACGAAUUUGUCCCAAUCUUUUUAGGAGGCCGAGCACGGCAGCAAAAUGAACCAGAGUUGUCACAAGUGCCAGU